GCACAUUGUUCUCUGCUGCUGACACCGACAUCAACCGACAGACAGACAGACAGGCAGGGAGAGAGACAGACAGGUCUCCGGGUAUCAGGUAAGGUUUGUACCGGGACUCAGUCUCUUCGUGUCACUGAGGGGCGGUGACGGCUCCACUGAUUCAUACAUGAAGACAAAGACACAGACAGACAGACAAUCAGAGAGACAGACAGACGCUAUGAGCGGAGGCACGCGCCGCUGGACCGGCGCGCACGAGCUCAGGUAGCCCAGUGCUGAGGUGAGGCAGCUUGUGAUUGGUUGUCGUCAUGGCGCCCAGGCCAUCGUCAGGGGAACUGUGGGGGCUCCAUCUGAUGCCCCCCCGCAUCCUGGUAGACUGCUGCCUGCCCAAUGGGAUGAUGGUGAGUCUUGAGUGUCUCAGAGAAACUCCGCUCAUCAGCAUCAAGCAGCAGCUCUUCACUGAGGCCAGGAAAUAUCCACUGUACCACUUACUGCAGGAGGAGUCUUGUUACAUUUUUGUGGGCGUGACCCAGGAGGCGGAGAGGGAGGAGUUUUACGACGAAAUGAGGCGGCUCUGUGACCUCCGACUGUUUCACCCGAUCCUGAAGGUCAUCGAGCCGCUGGGAAACCGGGAGGAAAAGAUCUUGAACCGAGAGAUAGGAUUUGCCAUUGGGAUGCCCGUCUGCGAGUUCGAGAUGAUGAAGGACCCGGAGAUUCAGGACUUCCGGCGCUCCAUACUGAGCGUGUGCCGAGAGGCCAUGGAGGAGCGGGAGGGGGCGGGCCACAGCCAGGCCCUCUAUGUUUAUCCUCCCAACGUGGAGUCCAGCCCACAACUCCCACAGCACAUUUACAGCAAACUGGACAAAGGGAGGCUGAUUGUUACCAUAUGGGUGAUUGUGUCUCCUUCCAACUCCAAACAGAAAUACACCCUGAAGGUGAGUCACGACAGUUUACCUGAGCAGCUGAUCGCUGAGUCCAUCAGGAAGAAAAGUCGCUCUAUGCAUCUUUCACCUCAACAGCUCCGCCUCUGUGUCCAGGAAUACCAGGGCCAGUACAUCCUGAAGGUGUGUGGCUGUGAUGAGUACCUGUUGGAGACGUUUCCUCUCAGUCAGUACAAGUAUAUCCGGUCCUGUAUCACGGUGGGUCGUCUCCCUCACCUGAUGCUCGUCUCUAAAGACAGCCUCUACUCUCAGUUACCUGCCUCUGGCUUCGUCACACCUUCCUACAGUCGUCGGACUCCUCAGCCGUCCCCCUGUCCAGGAGGGGGCGAUGGUUCUCCUCCUCGCUCUCUGUGGGCCUUCAACACUCUGCUGAGGGUCCGGCUGCUCUGUGCCACCUACGUCAACGUCAACAUCCGCGACAUCGACAAGAUCUAUGUCCGGACGGGUAUAUAUCACGGUGGUGAACCGCUCUGUGACAACGUCAACACACAGAGAGUUCCGUGCUCCAACCCCAGGUGGAAUGAGUGGCUGACCUACGACAUCUACCUGGCUGACUUACACUGCCCGACUCUGCCUGAACAUUGUCCUCUGGCCUGGGGGAACGUGAACCUGUUUGACUAUAAGGAUGUUCUGGUUUCGGGUAAAGUGGCUCUGAGUCUCUGGCCUGUUCCUCACGGCCUCGAGGAUCUACUUAAUCCCAUCGGAGUUGCUGGUUCAAAUCCCAACAAAGAGACGCCCUGUGUUGAACUCGAGUUCUCUUGGUUCAACCAGAUGGUCGUUUUUCCUGAUGAGCAGCAGAUUGAAGAACACGCCAACUGGACCAUCAGCCGAGAGCUGGGCUAUAACUACUGCCACGGACUGCAUUCGGCCCUCAUUUUGUUGAGGUAUGAGUCCCAGACUUUCCUCAGCGUUGAGAUCCAGAGUGUCUGCUCACACGAGUGA